AUUAGGGAGGGAAGAUGCUCCGAUCAUGGGCCACACAUAGGAGCCCUUCCCAUCCGCCAAAUGCUCCGAGAUGAUGCCCACAUCCACUCGCGUGAAGACAGUCCAUCACUGGCCGGUUGACGGCUCGCUGCAUGACCGCUGAUUGAAGGCUGUGUCAUGACAUGCGCCCUCUGGGCUGCACAGCUGACAAAAAGACAAGACUCGGAGCCACGUCUGCCGAAUUUAUUCAUCGAAUGCAUUCAAGGAUGCAUUUUGGGACUGUAUCGAGAAAGCAUGGCUGAGCAAUGGAGGAGAACAUCAUAUACAGUCGACGUAAAAGAUAUAUUUGUUGGGUCAUGGUAAAGACUUGGCAGUGAAACAGAGAAGUUAAUAGUAGAAGCCAGGAAGUGACACCAUGGUCAUCACUGACAGGAACACAGGCAGCUCCCUGCCCAAGAAGGAGCCACAAAAGGACAAUAAAAGGCGAGUGUCUCGUCCUCACGGCCUGCCUUCUCCAGCACUGUGUUGCGCCUGCGGUCUGUGCAUCAUGCUGGCCGGACUCAACAUCACCCUGGUGGGAGUGUUCGCUUUCAGAACCCUGGUGCCUUCUGCCAACCCUUCCAUCGUCAUCGGACCCAUCCUGCUCCUUGUGGCCUUUUCUUUUUUCGGCGCCUGUUGCGUAUGCAGCCGCCUCCCUCCUCCUCACAGCUCACGCAGCUCCAAAGUGGGCAGGCGGGGUAUGAGCCUGAUGGGGAACGGCGGGCUAGCCGGAGGGGCGGCCUUCGAGAUAGAGACCAGCGAGCACACGCUGCAGGAUACGACAGCUGUGCAGCUCAGCCCCACGUCGUCCCCCAGGUCGUCUCGGGGGUCAAGCCCUGAAAAAGAGGCUCCCGAUGGGACGUGCAAGCUCUUCACUAUGGAUACCAAUGGCUCAUCUUCCCUUUCCACCAGCGCUGUCUACUCAGCCUCCACCAUCCCCGGAGGGGAGGUGAAGCUGAACCUGCCACGGGAAGAAGUGGUCACCUCGUCAGAGCUCUAGCAGUGUACAUACUGUAACUUUGUGCUUUGCGGGUUUACUGACUCUCGUUUUGUCUUUUUUUUCGUAGUAGGGAUGGGCAUAAUAAACAAAUAGUUAAUUAAUGCCAUCUUGAAGCAACUGAGGCAACAUAGAGUGCACGACUUUGCUCCAAUCAGCAUUAAUAUAAAAUCCAUCCAUCCAUUUUCUAUACCGCUUAUCCUCAGAAGGGUCAAAGGCAUGCUGGAGCCUAUCCCAGCUGUCUUGGGGCAAGGGGCGGGGUACAUCCUGGACUGGUCGCCAGCCAAUCACAGGGCACAUAUAGACAAACAACCAUUCACACUCACAUUCAUACCUAGUAUGAACAAUUUUGAGUCGCCAAUUAACCUAGCAUGUUUUUGGAAUGUGGGAGGAAACAGGAGUAUUCGGAGAAAACCGAAAAUCAUACUGAAAGAAGAAUUAUUUUAAAAAAUCGUAUUUUCUGCCACAUCAAAUUCAUAUAAAAUUAUAUAUUUUUCAAAAACAGAUGAAGCUACCAAUGGUCUAGUGCUCAUCCCUGCUACUUAGUGUCAUGUUCUGCUUGUCAAUCUGUCUAAAAUGUGCUUCUAUUUUCCAUGUACUUUGCAGCCAGCUCGUCAGCAGCAUGCAAAGUAUUCCUAGUGUUUACGUACGCUUUUGUAAAUCCAGUACUGGAGCAUUUUUUUGCUUUGAACGUGCGUCUGAAGAAACAAACAGCCGCUCUGUCUGUCAGUCUAUUUUUGUUGGGUGGAGGUGAUUGCUUCUGAAUUGCUAAAAGACAGGAGGUCAGAGGUGAGAGGUGAAACGUUGAGUUGGAUUAGUUUUGACAUUUGGCAUUUUCUAAGGUCGUGGGGGGAGGGACAACAACGUUACAAUGCGAUAUUCUCUCAUCUGAGGAUAAAUGUACUUAAAGCAGUGUAUUCCAUUUAAAGCCACUUAUAGGACAUAACUGUUCAGUGAGUGUUGCCUUAUGGAAGUGUGUUUUGAUAAUGACCGCCACAUAAACUGUGUAUGUUUCAACAAGGAGUGAGCAUUGGCCUUAAUAUGAACUGUAUACACUGUCACUUAUUUCUUUUUAAAGAGGUGAAAUCAUGAACCUCACACCAAAAUCUACACAACACGAUAAAAAAGUUAUUUCUUCUUCAAGAAAUAACUUUGAGACAUGUGACGUCUUCUCGUCACACUUGACUGCCCAGAGACCUUUAAAGCUUGAUUUCCUGUGAAAGCAAUGUUGCCUUAGAUUGAGAUAUCAGGAUUAAACUACAGAGGGCUAUUUUACAGCAAAAGGGCACACUAGUAUUUCUUCAGAAAGCCUUUUUUUAUGUUGCAUCUUUGAGAUGUAUGUACACUGGCUACAACGAUAGAUAAACCCGCACAAACUCACAAAACUUGCACUCUGCAAAUUACAGCCACAAAAAUAAACAUUGCUGAAGUAUUACCUGUGUGAUUAGAUUGUGCAGGUGUACCUAAUGAAGUGUCCAGUGCAGUAGACCUGCAGCAAUGUAUAUGUACCAGCAUUGUCAGUAACCUUUGUGACCGAGAGUUUCUCUGCUGAAGUCAGUGUUCUUGCAUGUUCACAUUUUUGUGGAACACUCAAAAUACAAACCAAGGUAUGUCCAUUUUACAGCAAAUGUGUUUGAAUGUCAUCACUUUUGGCCAAUUGUAUUGUAAAUGACUUAAUUAAAAUGCUUUGGGAGUAUAGUUACCUAUUUUUGGUGACGCUGUUGUGGAGUCUGUUCCGUCAUGAAAUAAA